ACUGUGUCUGUUGUCAUUUGAUCGAUUCAUUUUUAGAUAUACUUUGUCUUUACGCAAAAUUUUUGAUUCGGUUUCGUGCUUUCGCAUUCUUUCUUGUUCAUCUUUUUCUUGAUUUUGUUCGGACACACCAUCAGUGUCUUCUGGUCUGUUUUAAUCCUGUAUUGAAUCAUAUAGUUAUACAAAAAGGAGGAAAAGAAGAAAACCAAUUCAUUUCCAAUCUCGAAUUAAAUCGUGCAUCCAACUGGUGUCCAAUAUGGAGACAUGUUUGGCUAAUGCUGCAAACUUUACAGCUGCAAUGGGUGAUUCUUCUGCGAAUGUCUUCAUAUAUCUGAUACAAACGCUUUUAAUGGCGCAAUGUAGCUUGAACGAUGAUAUUUAUCCUCCAGACCGUUCAGAAGAAAUUGCGAUUUCCGAUACAGAAUUUGAUUUCGUAAUCGUGGGUGGUGGAAGCGCCGGAUCUGUGCUGGCCAAUCGUUUGAGCGAAAUAGAAAACUGGAAGAUAUUACUGAUCGAAGCUGGUGAAAAUCCCUCACUGUUUAGUGAAGUUCCUGGGCUUUUUCCCUCACAAUUACAAUCACCGGAGGAUUAUGCCUACAAUGUUGAAAAUGAGAAAUUCGCUUGCCAAGGUUAUAAAAACAAGACGUGUAAAUGGUCAAAAGGCAAAGCUCUUGGUGGCUCUUCGACGCUAAAUGCCAUGCUUUAUAUUUACGGUAGUGAUGAAGAUUACAAUGAAUGGUCCCGCAUGGGUAACGAAGGCUGGAGUUAUGAUCAAGUUCUGCCAUACUUUAAGAAAUCUCAAAGCUGCGGUCAUGAACGUAACGACAUGUGGCAAAGCAAAUAUUGCGGUUAUGGAGGACCGUUGCGUAUCAGAUAUUACAAUUAUAGCCAACCAGAUGUAUAUGAAAUGAUUUUUAACGCCGCUCGCGACUUAGGUGUGCCUAUUCUAGAUACCAUCAACAGUGACAAAUUUGUCGGAUACGGCAUAGCUCAAGGAACUUUGGAUAAAGGUCGUAGAAUGAGCGUCUCGAAAGCCUAUCUGUCGCCGAUCAGGAAUAGGAGCAAUCUUUACGUGAUGAAGUCCACUCGAGCUGACGCUAUUCUUUUGGAUAAUACUCGAGCAAUCGGGGUUCGCGUGACUUUAAAGAAUAAAAAAUCGAUCAACAUAAAAGUCUCAAAAGAGGUAAUCCUAUCGGCUGGUAGCAUCGCCAGUCCGCAACUCUUAAUGCUUUCCGGUAUUGGGCCCGAAAAGCAUCUACGCGAAAUGGGAAUAUCUAGUGUUGUUGAUUUACCUGUCGGCAAAAAUCUUCAAGAUCAUGUUACGUGGUACGGCUUACAUUUAAUCUAUAAGAAUGAGAGCGCGACACCAAAACCAUCAUCUAAGUACAUUCUAGACAUAGCUUACAAGUACUUAUUGUACAAUCAAGGACCUUUGGCAAGUAGCAGUGGCUACGAUCUCAUGGGUUUCGUCAAUGUACAUGAUUUAGAAGCAAAAUAUCCCGACAUUCAAUUUAUUCAUCUCCAUAUAUCGCAAUGGCAUGAGUACGAGAUGAUAAAUAUUCUUAACAGCUUGCACAUAGAUACAGAGAUAGCUCGGGAGAUGGCGCAAAUUUUGACAGAAGCAGACAUACUUCAACCUUUAUCAGUUCUUUUAAAACCGAAGAGCGUUGGUGAAAUAUUGUUACGUAGCAAAAAUCCAGCGGAUCCUGUUAGAAUCUACGCCAAUUAUUUCUCCGAGCAGAAAGAUGUAGACACAAUGUUGAAAUCCUUGGACUUUUUAAAGAAGAUGCUCAACACCGAGACGUUCAAACGUCACAAAGUGCGGCUGCGUCAUCUGGACAUUCCUGAUUGUCGUUACGUAAAACCUGAUUCCGAUGAAUAUUGGAGAUGUAACUUGCGACAUAUGUCGUCCACGCUUUUCCAUCCCGUAGGAACAGCAAAGAUGGGUCCUCAAAACGAUCCAACAACCGUCGUGGAUUCUCGAUUAAAGGUUCACGGAAUACAAAAACUGAGAGUCAUUGACGCAUCUAUUAUGCCAACAAUUACUGGAGGAAAUACGAACGCGCCGACGAUAAUGAUAGCCGAAAAAGGUGCAGAUUUCAUCAAGGAGGACUGGACGGUUAUAGAAGAUAAAGAUGAAUUGUAGAAGAAACAUAAAUUAUGCUAUUUACAUACAAA